AGCGGCCCGAGAAUAACAAAAGCUUGAGUAAUGGAGUAAUACGGACUCUGGUGGCGGAAACUUCCGUGUUCGCGGGUCAGCCGAACAAGGAGCACCCAUCGCCAAUCUGUUCGACAUCGACGAACGCCAACUCACAAGUCACGUCGCCGACCGCCCUACUGCCGGCCCUUGGCCGCUUGCCGCCUGCCGCCGCCCGCCUGCCGCCUGCCGCCUGCCGCCUGCCGCCUUCCGCCGUGUGCCCCUCCCUGCCGAUUGCGUACUGCGCUUCGGCUAAUCGACUAAUCGUCCCUUCUCACCUUAAUUCAUCUGCGGCUUCAGGCUUCACACCUUCACCGCUCCAGCCUUCAGGUACAAAGGUGCUCCUCCAGACAAAAUCUUUUAGAAUUUUUAAACUUUUUCUUUUAUUGAUUAAUACUACCUCUUUCCCAAUUGAGUUCCCAGUUACGGUGGAACUUUAAAAACUUUGUCGGCGAAUUAUUCAAAAUUUACAUUGCUUUGGCACGCAAAGUUAAUUUUAAUAUACUUCAUUUCCAUAUAUAUUAUUCAAAUGUUCAUACAUUAUAGGUUUUGUAAAUUUAGUUUUUUUUUUAGAUAUUUGGGGUCAAACUUCCAUCUAGAAGACAGUAAAAGUCAAACUAUGAACUUAGUUGCUGGAUAGGAGUAUAAUUAUUUGAUUAGUUCAUUAAUUGAUUUAAUUCAUAGUUGUUUAAUACUUAAAAAAUGAAUAUUGAAUAGUUGAUAAAUAAUUAGUUGAUAUGUUGGCUGUUGUCCUGUAGAGUGUUUUUGUGUUUUUAAAUGUUUAAGUAAUUUUAUGAAGCUAUGAGUGAUGAUGUCGCUUCACAAUAUUCAGCAAGAAAUGUAUUCAAGUAAUUCUUACGAAAUUAAGUCGUUUAUUUUUUAAAGAUCUUUAAAUAUGAUUAUUAUUAUGCAUUUUAGUUUAGACAUAAAACUAUAAAAGGUCUUGACAAUUUUUAUUAGGAUUAAGCCCACUAUAGAAUAAUAAAAUAUCCACCCUAGACCUUCAAAUAGACAGGACCAGCCCUUGUAUGAUGUGAACUAUAUGAAGUACAUAAUUUAUAUUACCAAAUCCUCUAUGUUUCCUCUAUCUACCGCAAUGCUUUCCGCUAUAUUUUAAUAUUUGUAUAGCGGGUUUCUGGCUUCCUACCAUAAUCAGCUAUCCGUUAUUGAUAACACUGUAAUCCUUCCUUUUCUUUUAGCUUUCUUUUCUAGGUCCGUGGUCAUUCAGGCUUAAAUUUACUUUUAAUAGUGUGCAACUGUGCAUGCUGAAUUUCGUUUAAACUUAUCUGACAAAACAAUAAGAGCACAAAAGAAAAAAACACAGGAAAUAGUCCAAAAACAAAGAUACAUGUUCUUAUUCCCUCUUCACAGUGCUUAAUGUUAGUAAUAAAUAAUACUGACAUUAAUUUAUAUUAUCAGUAACUAGUAUACCAUCUGUGCGAUGAACAUUAUGAAAUAUUAUCCAAAAUAAUUAUUAGCAGCUUUUAUAAUUAAAUAUGUAGUAUACUGAUUAGAAUACAUAAUUAUACAGAGUACGGUCGUCAGAAAUGACAUUAUGCCUCAAUAUGAAAUUUGUAGUAACUAUAUCAUCUUAAAUUAUAAUGCAGCUCUAUAGUGCAAAAUAUGGUCAAACAUAGAGUAAUAAAUUAUAAUAGAACACAUUUCUCACACCAAAAUAAAUUAAUAUAGGUUUUUGAGCAUUUCUUACAAUACAGGCUUUGAAACACUUAUAUAUAACAAUCAAAGUGUAAAAACUAAUAAAAUGUAAACUAAUUUCAUUUAUUGCAUGCAAUAAAUGGUCAAUAAUUAUUUUUGUUUUAAAUAUUAUGUGCAAGAGAAAACUAACAAAAUAAUGGAAUUUAUAAGCCAUUGAUUGUUAACCUCAAAAGACAUUGAUUACAUUUUGAAGUUAAUUUAUCAAGAAUACAUAAAGUUCACCCAAAAUGUUAAACUAAUUUUUUUCGUUUCUUUAGAUAUCGACCACAUGAAUCACACCUCACUACUUUUUGCUAAUGUUUGUAGUUCAAUGGAUUAGAAAUAGAUAUGAGGCUCUUUUUUGAGUCAAUGUCAUGGAUUAGUAAUUCAUGUGCUAUAUCUCAUAUUAUUUUUAUAUGAUAUGUUACUGUCAAAUGUUGCACAUGGCUUCUUGUCGCCUUAUUGUUGCCAAGACGCUCAUCUAGUCGUAUAGGUGGAAAGGCGGUUUGCUUGCGCGGUGCGCCUUGACUUGCCUAGAUGCCAUGAAAACCUUUAAUGUGUUUCAGACUUUCAGAUAUCCAAGUUUGACCAUUUCUUUUUGUCUUUUUGUUUUUGUUUUUAUUUUCCCCUGUGUUUGUUAUGUGGUAUGUAGGCCUGUCAAUGGGUCGGGUCUAGACCCGGAUCCGAUCUGAAUCCGGCACUUUAUUUGAGGGUAUGGGUCUAAUUUUAGAAUCGUUUCCCGGAUCCGUAUCCGAACCUGUUACAUGAUAAAGAAAAUGGGUCGGAUAUGGAUUUUUAAGUUCCGGCCCGUUUUGGACCCGACCCGUGAUGAUAUAAUUAUAGUUAUAAUUUAUUACAUACACACACAAUAUGCACAAAAAUAUUUAAACAUAAAAUAAGGAAAAUAAUCAAAUAUAAAAAAUGUUUUAAUAUUUGUAUGCUUAUUUAGUGGUAGUCCCACUAUAAUGGGAUUUUCGCUAAUGAGUUAGUGCUCUAGGUUCUCUAUGAGUUCACUAAUAUACAUAUAACAUACUCCUUAUCAUGGUUCUAAAACUCAGAAAAGUCGGCCACCUGGGCGCCGGAAAUUCGCUAGGCGCCUUCCUGUUGUAGAGAUUUUCUGAUAAUCGCUCCUAUAGUCACUCCCUCGACUAAUCCGCCACCGAGACCGAGUAAUCGCCGGAAAAGCGCCCGCCUAGGAAGAAAGUUAGUCGCGCGAGACCUUUUAAACAAUAGCUGGGUUUAAUGACUUUUUUACCGAUGACGAGGGUGCCUUUUAAAUCUGUUCGCCCAAUCCACUAACCAAAUUAAAAUUAGUGUGCUCUUUCUUUAGUGCCCAGCCCUAAACGGAACUUUCUUCUCUUCGAUGGAACGGCGGCCGGGUGAUGAAUCUUCUACUCUUCCAUUUCCGGCGCUUCUUUGUUGAGUAUUGAAUCUGCUUCUCCACUCUCUGGUGUCAAGCAGUCCAGAGCCUUGUAGGUAAAUGUCCAGGCGAACGUUGUACAAUUUUCUGUGCUCCACUAGCCGCAACUUGUAGAGCUCAAUGGCACAAUCAACCUCGCUUCUUGUAUUGGGAACUGUAGGGAGAAAUAGCCUCUGGAAUAUCUACCUUAAAAGUACAAGACUCGGUUCAUUGUCGUUCAGAUACAAGUACACUCAACAAAGAGCACUGUCAAACUCACACCCCACAAACGGUGAAGAUCCAAUUUUGCCUGUUCUAAUCAUAGGCGCGGGACCUGUUGGACUUGCUCUCUCUGUACUCCUCACCAAAUUAGGUGUGAAAUGUGCAGUCUUGGAGAAGAACAAGGACUUCUCUAGGCAUCCUCAAGCCCAUUUUAUUAACAAUAGAUCAAUGGAGGUUUUUCGAAAAAUGGAUGGCCUAGCAGAAGAGGUUUUGAGGUCUCAACCGCCAGUGGAGUUUUGGCAGAAGUUCAUUUACUGUACUUCUCUUACUGGUUCUAUUAUUGGCUCUGUUGAUCAUAUGCGAUCAGAAGAUUUCGAUCAUGUUGUGAGCCCCGUCUCUGUUGCACACUUUUCACAGUACAAAUUGACCAGAUUGAUGUGUGAGCAGCUGAAAGAACUUGGAUUUCAUAUUGAGAACAAUGAAAGGCGUAUAAUGCAUGAUGACUUCGUUUCGGAGAGACAGCUUCAAAUGGGGCACGAGUGCAUAGCAAUACAGCCCAGCAAUGAUUUUGUUACUGUGAAGGCAUCUUUUCACGGGGAAGGAAAGUCUACUCAGAAAAACAUACGAUGUCAGUUCCUUGUUGGUACAGAUGGUGCUGGAAGUACAGUCAGAAAGUUAAUGGGAAUAGAUAUGAAAGGGGAAAAAGACUUGCAGAAACUUAUCAGCGUCCACUUUAUUAGCCAAGAAUUGGGGCAGUACCUCAUCAAUGAGAGACCAGGCAUGCUGUUUUUCAUUUUUAAUGAAAAAGCUAUAGGUGUCCUUGUUGCCCAUGAUCUCAGGGAAGGGGAAUUUGUCUUGCAAAUACCAUUUUAUCCACCUCAACAAAGGCUUGAGGACUUCAGCUCAAAGAUAUUUGAAAUAAUUUGUAAGUUGGUUGGGCAAGAACUUGCAGACAUCAAUGUGGUAGACAUAAAGCCCUGGGUAAUGCAUGCUGAAGUUGCUGAGAAUUUUCUGUCAUGCGGCAACAGAGUUAUUCUUGCUGGUGAUGCUGCACACCGUUUCCCCCCCUGCCGGAGGGUUUGGGAUGAACACUGGUAUUCAAGAUGCCCAUAAUAUUGCAUGGAAAUUAGCGUUAGUUUGCAAGGGUAUUGCACCUGCAUCAUUUCUUUCCACAUAUGAAGUAGAACGUAGACAGAUUGCCAGUUUUAAUACGUCACUCAGCGUCCAAAACUUCAAAGCAGCAAUGAGAGUUCCUGCUGCACUUGGUCUUGAUCCAACCAUUGCAAAUGCAGUACAUCAAGCUCUUAAUAACACUGUUGGUUCCAUAUUACCCUCUGGACUGCAAAAGACUAUCUUAGAUGGAAUUUUCAGCAUAGGCCGUGCACAGCUUUCUAAUCAUGUUUUAAAUCCGAAUAAUCCGCUUGGAUCUGCUAGACUUAAGAAACUAAAAGAAAUAUUUGAGGAGGGACAGAGCCUUCAGCUCCAGUUCCCUGCUGAGGAUAUUGGUUUCAGGUAUCUCAGAGGAGCAUUGGUGUCUGAUGGAGAUAAUGUGUUGACUAAACCCGAAACACCCACAGGGAGAAGAAAGGAAUUUGUGCCCUCUGCAGAUCCUGGAUUCAGAUUGCCACACAUGAAUGUGGCAGCAUUAUCAAAUUCAAGUACCAAGGUAACAUUUUCUACAUUGGACUUGGUAUCAGCAGAUAAGGUUGAGUUUCUUCUCAUUAUAGCACCGGUCGACACGUCCUACCAUCUGGCUGUAGCGGCAUUCCAGGUGGCCGAGGAAUGUAAAGUUCCUCUGAAGGUAUGCGUCAUGUGGCCCGGAGAAACUACUGGGGGAGCAAAAGGCAGAACCAAAGCUGCAUUGGUACCUUGGGAGAAUUUCGUAGAUGUUUUGGAAGUUAAGAAUCCACGAAAUCCAUCGUCUUGGUGGGACAUCUGCAAGAUGACGGACAAGGGAGCUAUUUUAGUGAGGCCUGAUGAACACAUUGCCUGGCGGGCAAAGUCUGAACUUGCUUGUGAUGCCUCUGCCGCUGAGAUGAGAAAGGCUUUUCAUGCAAUCCUUAAAGCUUAAGUGCUUAACAUACCCGCCUCUCCAUUUGCUACGUUAGGUCUCCGGUUUUAUCUGUGAUAUUAUGUUGGAAUAAUAAUAUUUGUGAUGUCUACAGAUUUGAUUUUCAGUUUUCUCGCUUUCCUCUAUUCGAGGCAUCUUCUUUAAUGUUAUUGAAAUAAAACUCGUUGAUAAAAUAAAAUUACAUCAUUGUACAUUGGGAAAACAUUACUAUAGUUAGUGAAAUGUAAAAGUAGAACAUG